AUGAAGGUUCUAACGCUCUUCUUGUUGACUGCUCUGGUGGCAGUGGCAGUUGGCCGGCCAAACGGCGGAUGGUUCGGCAACUUUGGCGGCAAAUGGAUCAAGAACUUCGGUUGGGGAUCCGACAACGAUAGUCAGGGAGUUCAGGAACAGAAGUGGAACAACCAGAAUCAGUGGAACGGAAACGGACAUGGCCAGAACCAGGGUCAGUGGAAUGGCGGAAAUGGUCAGGGUCAGUGGAAUAACGGUAACAACCACGGACAGUGGAACGGCGGUAAUGGACACGGUCAUGGCCACGGACAAGGAAAUGGCCACGGCAACAACCAUGGUCAUGGUCACGGACACGGAGGUCACCGCCCACCACCACCACCACCACCAACCACUGAUGUGCCCGAAGACGAUGAUGUGUCCACCACCGAUGUGACUAACCCCACGGAGGAGACCACUCUGGCCCCCGAAGUUCCGGAGGAGUCCACCACUCAGGCUGCCGAGGAAACCACCUUGGCCCCUGAAGUUCCGGAGGAAUCCACCACUCAGGCACCGGAAGAGGAUACCACUGAGGCUCCUGAAGAGGAUACCACUCAGGCACCUGAAGAAGACACCACUGAGGCACCGGAAGAAGACACCACUCUGGCUCCUGAAGAUCCCGAGGAAUCCACCACCCAGGAACCAGAUGAAGAAACUACUGAUUCUGGAAGCGGUGCUCCCGAGGAAACUACUCAGGCUCCCGAAGAUCCAGAGGAUUCGACCACCGAGGAGCCCGAGGAAACAACCGAGGAUGGAAGCGGCGCUCCCGAGGAAACCACUCAGGCUCCCGAGGAACCGGAAGAUUCCACCACCCAGGAACCAGAGGAAGUAACCACUGACUCCGAGGAUGGCAGCGGUUCCACCGAGGAAUCCACUCCUGCCCCCGAAGUUCCCGAGGACUCAACCACUCAGGCGACUGAUGAGCCUGAAGACUCCACGACUGAUUCUUCAGCGGCCUAGGAAGCUAUUUCGUUCAUCAGAAAGGUUCCUAAAGAGUCUGAUGUUCAUACAAAUCGUUUAAAACGCAUCCUUUCAAAGUAACAAAGAACUUUUAAACGAAAUAUGGAGCAAAUAUUAAACUGUUAUAGCUAAAUUAUUCAUCGUGUUUCUGCCGAACCACGUGGCCUUUUAUAGAACUAAGUCUGAAGCCUCAUGAAUUAACAUCGUGUUAUGUAGUCACGCAUUCGUCAUAUAGCUUUAUAGUACCGACAAUCUGAACAAUUAAAAUUACCACAAAAAAAGAAAAAACUAAA